AGAGGAUUUGCUGACUAGAAUAAAAUAUAAUAUAAAAAUUCAUGAGUGGACAGCCUAAUAUCGCUGCAACGGCGGCGCCGCCGAUAAAACGGCCAGCCGGGCAGCGGAGACGCGGAGUGGGGCGCGACGGCGCGUAACCUGUGGGGUUUCAGGUUUUGUCCCUGCGUGGCAGCGACCCAGCCCCAUCGAGCAUCGAGGCAUGGAACCGGGAGCCAAAUCGGAAGCAAAGCAAGGUGAGGCAGGAUCUGGCGCGGGGGAAAGCGGCAGCGGCAAGGUGUAUCAUGAGAGGCAGAGGCUGCAAUUCUGUCUCCUCCAUGCUCUCAACAACCUUAUGCAGGAAAAGGAAUGUUUCACCCGUGCUGAGUUGGACGGCAUCGCUGGAAAUCUUGUUCUCAAUGAUCCAAACAAGGGCCAGUGGACUCCUCUACCAUUCAUUUUUAAACCUCACCACAAUGUUAUAACUGGGAACUAUGAUGUGAAUGUUCUCAUCACAGCAUUAGAAGCUAGAAACAAGAAGGUGGUUUGGCAUGAUCGUCGUAAAGGGGCAUCAUCGGUUGAUCUGAAUGCAGAAACAUUGGUAGGCCUGGUGAUCAAUGUACCUAUCAGGAGGUUCAGGGGGCUUUGGACUGGCAGGCAUUGGGUGGCAAUUCGACGCAUUGAUGGCAUCUGGUUUAAUUUGGACAGUGAUCUUUCUGAACCCAAGCAGUUUAAGGACCAAGAAAACGUGAUUGGGUUCCUUGACAGUGUGCUCAGCCAAGGUGGAGAACUCAUGGUUGUGCUGCAAGGUGAAUAACCCUAUUGCCCCGAAUCUCAAAUGGCUACCGAAUAGCCUCUUCUAUGCGACUUGCCCAUGCUUUUGAGUUGUCAUCUGAAUGAGAUCACAUGCACCUACUGCAGAAAUUUCCUAAACCUUACGGUUUAAUCGCUGAUCAUAAUGGACAGAUUGGUAAAUCGAAGGUCCAGUAUGCAACAUAUACACUUGGUUUAUUCAUAUACUGGUUUAUUGGUAAAUCGAAGGUCCAGUAUGCAGACACCUGCUAACCCUUGGUUUGAUUUAUUGCUGUGCCCGUCUCUAUCAUAUACUGGAUUGCCAAGCAGGUGUCUGCAGUAGGUAGAACAUUAGCUUGCUAAAUGAUGAAAAUAGCGAACUUCAAUCCUCAGCAAGAAUUAAUGUUGCUGCGGAAUUGUACAGAACUAAUAGGGAGGUUGCUUGUGUUGUAGUUAUAUGCUUUGGAGAAACGAAGUUAUCCCAUGCUCCUAGAAUUUGUCAGUUCGUUUGUAAGUACCAUUGGAUAUCAGGGAACGUAACAUUAUCUGUAGACUGUACUAGUUGAUACCCCUGGAGUAAUCAGAGCGAUGUCCCAUGGUCUUUCAAAUAUUACAAAGCAUAAAAUAUAUGUAGCUGUAAGAUCA